AUGUUGGAAAAAGAUCCCGCGUUAAGCACUCAAUAUAACGACGUGCUCACUGAGUAUAUAACCCUCGAUCAUAUGGAAGAAACAACUUCUCUCGUAAGACCAGAAAGCAAAUCUACGAAGGUUAGGGUUGUUUUCAAUGCUUCCCGCAAAACUAAGUCAGGGUUUUCAUUAAACGACGUUCUUUAUACUGGUCCCACACUUCAAGCUGAUCUGAUGACAGUGAUAUUAAAUUGGCGUUUUUACAAAUUUGUUUUCAGCGGUGACAUACAAAAAAUGUAUCGUCAGAUAUUAGUCAAUCCCCAAGACAGACCGUUUCAGAGAAUACUCUUCCAAAAAUCCCCCCGGGAGGCCAUCAAAGAUUACCAGUUAAAGACUGUUACAUUUGGUAUAAAUUGUGCACCAUUUUUAGCCAUUAGGACAUUAAUCCAGUUAGCGUCUGAUUCCGAAGAUAAGUUUCCCAAAGCAGCUGAUAUAUUACGUAGAGAAACUUAUGUAGACGACAUUCUAACUGGUGGUCAUUCUCUCGAAGAGGUUAUAAAAUCCCAGAAAGAGCUGGUGCAAACUCUAGAAUCAGCUGGUUUCUUAUUAAAGAAAUUAACCUCCAAUAACUCUCGUUUGUUAGCUUCUUUUCCCAAAGAAGAUCUUUAUGAUUCUGAUUUUCUCAAAUUUCAUGAUUCCAGUGCGACAAAAACUCUCGGCAUUCGCUGGAACGCACUGACUGAUUCGUUCACAUAUACUUUUGAAUCUAUUCCUCAAGAAACAAAAAUAACCAAACGCAAAAUCGUAUCUUCAGUAGCCAAAUUGUUCGAUCCAGCUGGCUGGAUAUCACCCGUAGUCAUUAAAGGCAAAAUUCUCAUUCAGCAAUUAUGGCUGGAACGAAUCGAUUGGGAUGAUUUUGUCAGUACAGAUUCUCUCCGAAUCUGGAAUGAAAUCGUAAGCGAUCUCUCGCAUAUAAAUGAAAUCCAAAUCCCUCGUUGGAUUCAGUUCACUCCCGUUGAUACUAUUCAAAUUCACGGAUUCUGUGAUGCCUCCAAAUUGGCGUAUUGUGCAGCAGUAUAUAUUAGAAUACAAACAUCUUCUCCUGUCGUUUUUUCGCAUUUGCUAGUUUCCAAAAGCAAAGUAGCACCAUUAGCAUCUACAACUUUACCGCGCUUGGAACUUUCUGGCGCAGUUAUGCUAGCUAAACUAGUACAAUAUACGAUAUCUUCGCUUAAUAUGAAAAAUCACGAAAUCAUUUUAUGGUGUGACUCAUCGAUUGUUUUAGGAUGGCUUGCUAAGCCACCUUCAACCUGGAAAGAAAUCUAUGUUUCUAAUCGUGUAGGCCAAAUCCAUAAAUUAUUGCCAAAUGCAAAAUGGCGCCAUGUUCCAACUCAUUUCAAUCCCGCUGAUCUAGGUUCCAGAGGAUGCAGACCACAGGACUUAAUCAACAACCAACUUUGGUGGCAGGGCCCACCAUGGCUUACAAACCCGGUUUCGGAAUGGCCACAGAAUAAUCCGUUGAAUACCACGAAAUCUCCCGAAAUUUCUAUUCUUAAGCAAACACAAACCCAAAGCUUAACGGUUCCCAUCAGUAGCUUUCAAACUACAGUCUCUUCCGUAGACAUUCUUAAAAGAUUCUCCUCCUACACGAGAUCGUUAAGAGUUCUUGCAUACGUUUUUCGAUAUAUUCGGCGUUUUAAACCUUCGUUUGCCAAUCAAACCAACAACUUAGCUGAUCACAAUUCUCAACUCAGUCAACAGGAAGUCAAUUCUGUAAAGUCCAGAUUAAUAAUGUUAGCUCAGAAAGAAUUCUACCAGCGUGAAUAUGAAUUACUCUCUGAAAAUCAGCCCAUUCCAAAAGACAGCUCUUUAUUCACAUUAAAUCCAUUUCUAGACUCCAAAGACUUUUCCUUUCUAUUUCUAAAAGUUCUUACUUCAGCGAGUGGUCAGGAAGAAAAGACUGGUUACAAUAGUGAACUUGCACUCGUUAAUCGUCAUGUCAAAAGUUUAAUGUCAAAUGACUUGGAAGUGUUCUGA